AUGGAAGUGACUAAAUGGACUUGGAUUGACAGAGAGGGACGCAUCUUCACGACGCGAAGUCUGGAUCGAGAACAGGAGUCAGUCUAUGAAUUGCAUGUGUUGGCAACCGACAGACCAGUAGGGAUUGAGACUCCUGAGGAGCGAGUAUAUACCUCGGAAGCUCUGCUCCUCUCCACGCCUUACAAUACUGCCACGGCAACUAUAAGUGUCAGCAUUCAAGACCUCAACGACAACCCUCCGCAUUUCGUUCAUCCAACCAACACCAGUAUUCCAAUUCGAGUGUCAUUUCAAGAGGAUGUGGGAUUCGUGCUCACCAGAAUGGUGGCGAUAGAUCCGGAUAAUGGAAAGAAUGGAACAGUCUCCUACCGUAUUGUUCGAGGCAAUCGUCAUGGUGUAUUUAAGCUGGGAGAGUAUUCAGGCGACCUCUACAUUGGCAAGAAGAUGGUACCCGAACAGGUGAGGAUCUUUUAUGUCGCUUCUGGUAAAUUUGAUAUUGUGACGAUCCAAUUCUUCUCUGAGGGACUGUACAGUUCCUGUAUGCAGUUAUGCAUCGGAGGGCCAUGUUGCCGAGCAUUGGAAGGCUUGGAGAUAUCAAACCAUGGAAUGAAGUUAGAGAGGGGGUUAAACGAUAACUCCUAA